AUGAAUUUUGCAUUUCAGAUUCUGAAGCCUGCUUUCACGGUUAUACGUGAUAAAGAAUCAGAAUGUUUACUCGUGUUCAUCCGUGGGACUCGUUGCAUUAAAGACAUUCUCACAUAUGCACUGUGUGCUCCUGUCUCUUUCAAUCACAACAUGGUUUCAGGACAUGCACACCGUGGUAUGGAUGCUGCAGCUUCUUGGAUUGGAGAUCUUUGCAUUCCUGUACUACUUAAAGCUCUUCAUCAAUACCCCCACUUCAAAAUCAAGAUCGUGGGACACUCGCUAGGUGGUGGUACUGCUGCACUGUUGACUUAUAAGCUUAGAGAAAUUCAACAAUUGUCUUCAACAACUUGUGUAACAUUUGGCCCAGCUCCCUGUAUGACCUUGGAGUUGGCUGAGUUCGGAAAAUCCUUUAUCACUUCCAUUGUAAAUGGUUCUGACAUAGUGCCAACACUGUCAGCUUCUUCUGUUCAUGAUUUCAUUGCUGAGGGUCGGAAUAAGGAUAAAAACAUCUUAAGCGCUGCUGGAACUGGCAUAUCUUUUGCCAAUACCAUUGCAGAACAUGCAGUAAACUAUUGCACCGAGGUUGUGAAGAAGCAUAAACACUCAUUGCUACCGUGGUCCCAACGUAAGAACAUUAAUACAUUGUCAGAUAACUUGGGUGAAGCUUCUGGAUCAUAUGGGACAAGUUUUGAACCCUUUUUCAGUGAAGAACACUUACUCAUAGAAUAUAUUGAUGAUGAUGAAUACGAUUCUUCCAGUGAAGGAUCUGACAAUGAUGACUCAGAUGACGAUGAAGAGAAAUUGUUGAAUCAAAUGGGGAAUCUUGAAUUGGGAAAACAUGCUAAGGAGAAAGAUAUCACUGAAGAAGACAGUGUUAGUCAAGAUACAACAUCAGCUAGGCGACGUCUUUAUCCACCAGGCAGGAUCAUGCAUAUCACUUCACAGAUGUCUGAAGAUUCGAACUCAAACCACAGUGAUGCUGAUGACAAACAUGUCUUCUUAUAUCAAACGCCUACACAGCUGUAUGGAAAACUCAGAUUUUCAAGAGGGAUGAUAGAUGAUCAUCCCACGAAAAAGUAUCUGAAGAAGUUACUACAAUUAAUCAAUAAACUAGAGAAAAAGUGA